AUGUCGUCAGUAGCUGCUACUAAUCGUGCUAGUGAAAUGUGGAACAAUUGUGCUGAUGUGACCACUCCAAGUGCCCGAGAAGUGAAACAGUACGGAUAUGCACAGUAUCCGAUGGUAUCACCAGACUCCUAUAACUAUCAAAAUAACUACUAUCCACCAAAUGGUGAUUAUUCUAAUACAGUAAGUGCUAGUUACGGUGGCAGGCCAUAUGGAAACAACAAUCAGUGCGAUGGAAUAGUGAAAUCAGAACCGAAUAAUUGGCAUGGUUAUCCAACGAAUUACAUGUAUGAUAAUCACACUAAUUUUGACAUGAUAAAUAAAUGGAGAGAAAUGAAUUACUACGGUCAACACGGACAGCAACUAGCCAAUUAUGGAUUUGAUCAAAGAAUGAACCAAUUACGAAAUCAACCUACUCCAGAUAAUAGGAGCGAUGACGCUAGGUCACUCAAUUCUCCAAAUGUAGGCGAUGUAAACUAUGGAUCACCACAGAGUGCUUCAAGUAACGUAAAACCAGGUUUGGACCAUCCAGUGUCAGAAGAGGAAGAUUCUCCUAAUCUCCGAUCCUUAUUGACGAAGCCUAAAACAAAGAAGCCGCUGCCGUAUUUUGUGAAAUGUGAUAAACCGUAUGCGCAAGAAAUGAUGCAGCGUAUGAUGUACCACGCAGAUGAUGGUGCGGAUUGGGAAAAAAGUAAUGAAGUUUCGCCGUCGAAGGAAUGCAAUUUGUCGCAAUUUCAUGGUGGUUUCGAGAAUGGUAAGGGUCAAACGUCAAUCAAGAGCGAAGGUGUGGGUGGAGCGCCCGCGAAAGACGCCGCGCCGUCGUCGCUGGAGUCUGCGGAGCCCUGUCAGGACGUGACGAGGGUCGAAGCAGGCGGGGACAAUGCGGAUUACGCCGAGAAUAAAAUGGCCGCUACAGCCGAUAUGCAAGGAUAUUAUCCGUGGAUGAAAGGUGUUGGAGGUGACGACAAAAAAGAAGGAUCAAAGAGGACGCGCCAAACGUACACUCGCUUCCAGACCUUGGAGUUGGAAAAAGAAUUUCAUUUCAACAAGUACCUAUCCAGGAGGCGCAGGAUAGAAGUAUCCCAUGCCCUGGGACUGACCGAACGACAGAUCAAGAUUUGGUUUCAAAACAGGAGGAUGAAGGCGAAGAAGGAUGGAAAGCUGACGACGUCUCCUGAUCCUUAUGCUGCUGAAGACAUGGGUGCUACGAAGAUUCCUGGUAUGCCUGAGUACAUGGAGUCCAGACCACAGAUGCCUGGUAUAGCAGAGUAUCCUAAUUUUCCAAUGGCUCCAGUAUCAGGUAAUGUAGGUCACGGAACCAUGCCCAACGGCAUGCCUCCAAAUUAUAUGAUGCCCAAUUAUGGACCCAUGAUACCCAAAAUGUGA